AUGACAUACGUUCGUUGUUGGUUUAAGGAGUUAUUAAUGGCUCUUAUCGUUGGUCUCGCGAUGUGUGCUGAAAUGAACGAAAUAGUUUCGAGAGUGGCGAUGCUGGCUCAGAGACCAACGAGGAUCGUCGGUGGAAAAGACGCGGAAAAAGGGUUACAUCCUUGGCAAGUGUCCGUUCAUUGGGGAGAUCGAGGACGAAAAGUUGCGACGAGACACAUCUGUGGCGGAAGUUUAUUGACAGCUGGAUGGAUAUUGACAGCUGGACACUGCAAAACCCUGACACCGCCGUUUGGAGAAUUUUUAAUCCUGGCUGGGAAGUAUAAAUUGGGCGUUCCCGAAGAAACUGAGCAGAGUAGAUUGGUAGAUAAGGUAUUUGUCCAUCCGCGAUACGACGGGAGUAUAGCACCGUACGAUAUUGCGUUGAUGAAAGUCGAACGACCUUUCCAAUUGAAUCCUUUCGUUUCCACGGUUUCGUUGCCGUAUCCUGAUUCAGUCCCUAUGGGAGAAGCUGUGCUCACAGGAUGGGGGAGUAUAGGAAGAACUCGGUCACCAGAGACACCGGAGAAUCUGCAGGCAGCUGUGCUACCGAUUCUUGAUUACGAUUUCUGUAAGGAAACUUUGGAUAAAGUUUUGAAGCCGAAGGAAAAGAAUCCUCUGCAUACGACGAAUGUGUGCACCGGUCCUUUAGAUGGAAGCUUGUCUGCUUGCAAGGGCGACUCAGGGGGACCUUUAGUCGCUAGGAACGCGUUCGGCGAGGCAGACGUGGUGGGAAUCGUUUCGUGGGGUUUAUUUCCCUGUGGCGGAAAAAGCGCGCCAUCCGUCUACACGAGAGUAUCCGCCUUCGUCACAUGGAUCACCGUGAUCAUGUUAAACUAUUCUUAA